UUGUAAAGCUAAAUGCGGUCACACGAAAUGGUGAAUUGUAAGCCAGAAUCUCCCGCUCAGAUUUAUUCCGAUUGGAGAGAUCAAAGAGACUGGGAGGCGAGACUGCGACUGGCUUUCUUGUUUCGGUGUUGGCUAAGCAACGUUAAAGGCAACUCCCAGGGGAUCUCUUUCGGUCGGCGUCAUUUCUUUUAUUCGCACUCCUUUAUCGUGCAAUGCCGACUUCACAUUCACCCCGGCGGAGCCCCCGAAUUGGACAGACGGGAGCUCCCGCAACUGCAACUACGACCACCGCGACCACAUCAGCCGGCACUCCGAAGAAUGUGCCGGGCUUAUCGGGCGGUGAGCUGCAGCGGCCACGGACUCCAAAGCAACCGGGAUUAAUCCCAAGUGGUGCUCCAAAGCCUGAUAGAUCAGGCCAGGAUACGGACACCACAACCGCCAAGUUUGCGGCGCUGAUGGAGAGGAUCGCUACCUUGGAAAGGGAGCUUCAAAAGGCGAGGUCAGGUGAAGGGCAAGAUGCAGCCGCGAAGGAUCCCGUUAGAAACGGAUCAAGCGGUAUAGGAGCGAGCGGUGCGGCGAAUGCGCCGCCAUGUUUGAGCGGAACGCCAGGGCAGAACUUGAGUGGAAAUCUGCCGCCAUUGUUGAGUGGAAAUCUGGCACCGAAUUUGGCUGAGUCAGUGACGCCAUUUUUACAUGAACAGUUGCCGCCAUUAUUGAGUGGAAACCUUCCGCCACAAUCGAGUGGAAAUCUGGCAAUAGGGCAACAAGUCACACUCAGUACAAACAGUACAACGUUAAGCUAUUCCACACCAUGCUGCGUGACGGCUACUGUGCAGCCAGCACUAAGCUACAUGCAAGCUACGCGGGAACCUCUUCGCAACCUGAUGGUACCCCCGCAAUCAACUGGUUCAUACGGAAUAGCUUCGCCGAGCCCGUUAAUUGGAUGGACGCCGCGCAGACUGCCUGAUCUUCCAGAGUUCGAAGGUCAGCCUGAGGAAUGGCCAAUAUUCCAAUGCGCGUUCACGGAGACGACGGCGGCGUAUAAUUGUACUGCGUUGGAGAACAACCAGAGGCUAGUGAAAGCCCUGAAGGGUGAAGCGCGAGCAUCUGUCAAGUCGCUGCUUAUACACCCGAAUAACGUUCAGGCUGUAAUGGAUCAGCUACGUUUCCGAUAUGGACGCCCGGAGCAACUGAUACGUAGCCAACUGGAAAGCGUGCGAGAGGUGCAGCCGAUCCAAGAACACAAUAUAAUAAAGAUCGUGCCGUUUGCAACACGGGUCAGCAAUCUCGCAGCGUUUUUACAGUCAAGCCCGAACGGGGAGCAGCACCUAGGAAAUCCUACAUUGAUGGAAGAGCUGAUCGCCAAGCUACCACUGAGCAAAAGGUUGGAUUGGGCCAGGCACGCCGCCGUAAUAGGGUGCUACCCAACUGUCGCGCACUUGAGCGAAUGGCUAAACGAACUCGCUAAAUUAGUGUGCACUAUUACGAGCAGCGACAGCAAGGAUCCUAAGCGUAGGGUAUUGCACGCCAGCACCAGUCAGAAGGAUCAGGAUCUAUUUGAAGAUCAUCCCAGGAGUUGCCCAAUUUGCGAGGGGCAACACACUAUCAAGGACUGUAAGGAUUUCAACCACGCUACUCCGACUGCCCGUAUGGAGUAUGUAAGAAGGCAUCGGAUUUGUUUCUCGUGCCUGGAGAGCGGUCACAUGUCCAGGUUCUGCAAGAGAAACAGCAAGAGCAACGUCUACGGAUGCCAGAUGGGGCAUCACUACCUCCUGCAUGACGGGGUGGGCAACCCCACACGGCCAUCGCAACCCCACGGUCGACCAUGGCCAAAUGAAAGGAGCGAUCGCGGUCGCAUGGUACAUGCGGGCGCUGACAGGAGGAAGGUGGACAAGCAAGUACAUCAGCCAGAUGAUCUGGCCCAGAGAAGUCCACUUACGGCAUCUGCACAGACGCAGGAUGCAUGGCGCAAGCGGGACGAAGGCCGUCAGCCAAGUGACGGGAAUGGAUUGCCACAUCGGAACCUAAGUUGCGUCGAUCCAGAUGGAGGACACUUACUAUUCCGUAUUUUGCCCGUGACGCUGUACGGGGAGGAUACGCAGCUGGAUACCUACGCGCUGUUCGACGAAGGUUCGUCCGUGACCCUGAUCGACGAGGAGCUCACCCGAAGCCUAAACCUAAAAGGCGAGAGUCGGCAGCUCAACAUUCAAUGGUUCGGUGGCAAGUCAGCGAAAGAGAACACAAAGAUGGUCAGCCUCCAGAUUAGUGAAGCGGGCAGACCGAAACGCCAUGCUUUGAAAAAUGUGUAUGCGGUCUCUAACCUCAAUCUUCCGAUGCAAAGUCUGCGUCGGGAAGAUGUCAAAGCGGCGAAGGCUUCUGCACGCCUGCCGAUGAAACCGUAUCGUAAUGCGGUCCCGAGGAUUUUAAUCGGACUAGACCAUGCGCACCUAGGAAUACCUAUGCAAAACAGGAGCUUCGGAGCAGGAGGACCCUAUGCAGCCGCCACCAAGCUAGGAUGGGUGGUUUUUGGUCCUGUAAGAAGUCAGAUGAGUUCACCAAUGCAAAGAUCGUGCCUCCUAGCCGUCCCACAGUAUGAUCAUCUCGAGAAGAUGGUCAGCGACUAUUUCGAAAUAGAGAAUUUCGGAGUGAAGCCGGCGCCACCAGUCGCAGCUAGUGGCGACGCACGGGCUUUGGGAAUCCUGAACGAGACGACUAGGCGAGUGGGCGAACGAUACCAAACUGGAUUGCUGUGGAAAGAUGAUAAAGUAAGCCUGCCUGACAGCUAUAACAUGGCACUCAAAAGACUUGUCGGCAUUGAAAGGAAGAUGAGACGGGAUGACAGCUUUGCACGGGCCUACAAGUCGAUCAUGGAGGACUACGUCAACAAGGGUUACGCACGACGCCUGGAGCAGCAGGAAGUGGCAGCCGAUAACCGGGACAAGAUCUGGUACCUGCCGCACUUCGGGGUCGAGAACCCAAACAAGCCCGGAAAGAUCCGUCUAGUCUUCGAUGCCGCAGCCAAAGUGGGCAAUACAUCUUUGAACUCAGUUCUACUCAAAGGCCCACAACAGUUCAAGUCCCUGCCAGCCGUGCUCUUCCAUUUCCGGGAAGGAGCAGUCGGGGUCUGCGCAGACAUAAAGGAGAUGUUUCAUCAGGUGCUGAUACAGCCCCAGGAUAGAUGCGCCCAGAGAUUCCUGUGGAGGAAUGGAGAUGACCGGCGAGAUCCAGAUCUGUUCGAAAUGGUUGUGAUGACGUUCGGAGCCGCUUGUUCGCCGUGCUCAGCGCAUCAUGUGAAGACCAUAAACGCUUCAAGAUACGCCCAAGCAGAUCCUCGCGCGGUUCAGGCCAUCAAUGAGUAUCACAAUGUAGAUGACUACGUGGAUAGUUUCUCGGACGAGAAAGAAGCUAUCGCUGUAUCAGAACGAGUAAGGAAAAUUCAUGCUGAGGCCGGUUUCGAUUUGUGCCGCUUCUCAUCAAGUUCGGAAAGUGUGGUCAAGGCUUUGAACCCACUAGGAUCCAAUACGAACGUUGAAUGGAAUGAAGCGGAGGAGAAAAUAUUAGGCAUGUACUGGCACCCAGCGACGGAUGACUUUAAAUUCAGCGUAAAGUACCACAGGGUUCCCAGCAGGGUGAUGACCGGAGAACGUGCACCCACCAAGAGAGAAUUCCUAAGUCUGGUUAUGUCAACAUUUGACCCGAUAGGAUUCUUGAGCUGCUUCAUGGUAACCGCCAAACUAUUGAUGCGUGAGAUUUGGCGGAGAGGAGUUCAGUGGGACGAGCCGUUGCCGGAUGAGUUAGCCAAAGCGUUUGAGAGCUGGAGGCUGGAAAUGGAUUACGUGAGAGAUUUCCGCUGUCCACGCUACUACUUUGGCACGGGAUGCGUACGUGAACUGCAGCUACAUGUGUUUGUGGACUCCAGCCAAUCGGCGUUCGCAGCAGUUGCAUUCUGGAGGGCGACUUAUGACAACGAUGAUGUGCGGUCCUAUUUCGUGUGUUCCAAAACGAAAUGCGCCCCGAUGAAGACGAUGACGAUCCCGCGCCUGGAGCUCCAAGCAGCUGUAUUAGGAACCAGGCUGAUGGACACCGUAAGACGAGAGCACGACGUAUCGAUCAGCAGAUGCGUGCUAUGGACUGACUCUAAGACCGUGCUGCACUGGAUAAGCAGCACCCACCGGCGGUAUAAGCAGUUCGUUGGAAACCGGGUGGCGGAGAUCUUAGAGUCAACGGAGGUGUCUCAAUGGAGGUGGAUACUGUCUGCCGAAAACGUGGCAGAUGACGCGACGAGGCCACAGCGCCAUGUGGACCUCAGCCAAGGGGCAAGGUGGAUGAGCGGGCCAUCAUUUCUGCGGGAGUCGGAAGAACAGUGGCCCAAGCCAUCUCCAAGUGAUCGCGACAGUCCACACUCCGCAGAAGAAGAGAUGCCGUGUGAGUUUACACUGGUAAUUGCCAACGAGUUUAUAUUUUUGCAGAGAUUUUCGAAUUAUAAUCGAUUGGUCAGGACCACAGCGUGGAUCCUCAGGUUCAUACGACGGUGCCGUGGAUUGAGUGACGAGAGUGAGGCCUACGGUAUUACAGCUACUGAGUGCGCGGAGGCAGAACGGAAACUGAUCCAGUGCGCCCAGGCUGAUACGUUCGCAGAUGAAGUUCAAGGAAAGGCAGUGGCGAAAGGCAGUCAGUUACGAGGACUAUCCCCUUACGUCGACCACGAUGGAAUCAUACGAGCGCGUGGACGGAUUGAUGCCGCCGAAUGCGUCCCAUUCAACGCACGGCGCCCGAUCAUACUGUCGCACAAACACGCACUGGCAGAGAUGAUAGUUCGUCACUACCACAGGAAGAUGAAGCACCAGAAUCUAGACGCGACCAUAAGCGAGAUCCGGACCAGAGUACGACCAAUUCCGCCAUUGAUGGGUCCGUUGCCAGAGGACCGGCUGGAGCCGAAUGGAUGGCCAUUCAAGUAUACUGGCUUGGACUACUUUGGUCCGCUGUUUGUGACGAUUGGACGUCGCACUGAGAAGAGGUGGGUCGCACUCUUUACUUGUCUAACCACCAGGGCUGUCCACCUGGAGAUAGCCCACGAUUUGUCAACAGAUUCCUGCAUCAUCGCUAUGAGGAAUUUUAUGUGCCGCCGUGGACCGGUGGUCAGAUUGAGGAGCGACAAUGGAAAGAACUUUAUUGGAGCAGAUCGUGAGGCCAGAAAGUUCGAUGAAGUCUUCGAACCAGAAAAGAUCCAGGAUGAGCUGUCAUCCAAAGGAAUCGAAUGGAUCUUUAACUGUCCCGCGAACCCAGCUGCCGGCGGCAUCUGGGAAAGGAUGGUCCAAUGUGUGAAGAAGGUGCUCGCGCAUACUGUGAAGGAGGUCACUGUGGAUCAGGAGGCACCGCUAACGCCCAACGAUCUGCUAAGAGGAGUGGCUAAUGUUCCGGACCUUCCUGGAGAUCGCGGAGAGCAGCCUGUCAAGUGCGCUACUAGGAAGCAGUGGCGUAUCGCACGGAUGAUGAGAGACAGAUUUUGGAAACGUUGGGGAGAAAUGGUGCGAGCAUGUCGAGCCUAUGCGCCCAGGGAAUCGUGUACAUCUGUGAUCCGGCCAUCCCUCGUCGAGAAUGGAGGAAAAGGCGUCGUGGAGGAAGUGUACCCAGGAGCGGAUGGAGUACCACGACGAGCGGCGGUACGCACUACCAAUGGCGAUCGAGCUAAGUUAAUCAUGCGUCCCAUCUCCAGAUUGGCUAUCCUGGAUGUGGUGAAUGCAGUUGCUUCACCGGG